GGCGGUUAAAGCUCCAGUUGGAACAGGGCGCCUGGAGACCGGGGAAGACCGGGGAAAGGGACGUUUAGUUGGAGACGGUGCUGAGCUAGGAUGAUGAAGGAAGAGGUGAAGGGAAUUCCUGUAAGGGUGGCACUGCGUUGUCGCCCUCUAGUCCCUAAAGAGAUUAACGAGGGCUGUCAGAUGUGCCUUUCCUUCGUGCCGGGGGAGCCUCAGGUGGUCGUUGGUACUGAUAAAUCCUUUACCUAUGAUUUUGUGUUUGACCCCUCCACUGAACAAGAAGAGGUCUUCAAUACAGCAGUAGCACCACUCAUAAAAGGCAUUUUUAAAGGAUACAAUGCAACUGUCCUGGCCUAUGGGCAGACUGGCUCUGGAAAAACCUAUUCAAUGGGAGGUGCAUAUACUGCAGAGCAAGAAAAUGAACCAACAGUUGGGGUCAUUCCUAGGGUAAUACAACUGCUAUUUAAAGAAAUUGAUAAAAAGAGUGACUUUGAAUUUACUCUGAAAGUAUCUUAUUUGGAGAUUUACAAUGAAGAAAUUUUGGAUCUUCUAUGCCCUUCUCGUGAGAAAGCCUCUCAAAUAAAUAUCCGUGAAGAUCCUAAAGAAGGCAUAAAGAUUGUGGGACUCACUGAGAAGACUGUUUUAGUUGCCUUGGAUACUGUUUCUUGUUUGGAGCAGGGCAACAACUGUAGGACUGUGGCAUCCACAGCUAUGAAUUCCCAGUCAUCCCGAUCUCAUGCCAUCUUUACAAUUUCCAUAGAGCAAAGAAAGAAAAAUGACAAGAAUAGCAGCUUCCGCUCCAAGCUGCAUCUUGUAGACCUUGCUGGAUCAGAAAGACAGAAAAAAACCAAGGCUGAAGGAGAUCGACUAAAAGAGGGUAUAAAUAUUAAUAGAGGCCUCCUAUGCUUGGGAAAUGUAAUCAGUGCUCUCGGCGAUGACAAAAAGGGUGGUUUUGUGCCCUACAGAGAUUCCAAGUUGACUCGACUUCUUCAAGAUUCUCUAGGAGGUAAUAGCCACACUCUUAUGAUAGCCUGUGUGAGUCCUGCUGACUCCAAUCUAGAGGAAACAUUAAAUACCCUUCGCUACGCUGACAGAGCAAGAAAAAUCAAGAACAAACCUGUAAUUAAUAUUGAUCCCCAGACAGCUGAACUUAAUCAUCUUAAGCAACAGGUACAACAACUACAGGUCUUGUUGCUACAAGCCCAUGGGGGUACCCUGCCUAGAUCUAUAAAUGUGGAACCAUCAGAGAAUCUACAAUCCCUGAUGGAGAAGAAUCAGUCCCUGACUGAUGAGAAUGAAAAAUUAAGUCGUGGUUUGAGUGAGGCAGCUGGUCAGACAGCCCAAAUGUUGGAGAGGAUCAUUUUGACAGAGCAAGCGAAUGAAAAAAUGAACGCCAAGCUAGAGGAGCUCAGGCAACAUGCAGCCUGCAAACUGGAUCUUCAAAAGCUAGUGGAGACUUUGGAAGACCAGGAAUUAAAAGAAAAUGUAGAGAUAAUUCGUAAUCUCCAACAAGUGAUUACCCAGCUAUCGGAUGAAACUGUUGCUUGCAUGACUGCAGCCAUUGAUACUGCUGUGGAACCAGAAACUCAAGUUGAAACCAGUCCAGAAACCAGCAGGUCUUCAGAUGCUUUCACCACUCAACAUGCUCUACGCCAAGCUCAGAUGUCGAAGGAGCUGAUUGAGUUGAAUAAAGCCCUUGCAUUGAAAGAGGCCCUAGCUAAGAAGAUGACUCAGAAUGACAGCCAAUUACAGCCCAUUCAGUUCCAGUACCAGGAUAACAUAAAAAAUCUGGAAUUGGAAGUCAUCAGUCUGCAAAAGGAAAAGGAAGAAUUGGUUCUUGAACUUCAGACAGCAAAGAAGGAUGUCAACCAAGCUAAGUUGAGUGAGCGUCGCCGCAAACGUCUCCAGGAGCUGGAGAAUCAAAUAGCUGAUCUGAAGAAGAAACUAAAUGAACAAUCCAAACUUCUGAAACUGAAGGAAUCCACAGAGCAUACUGUCUCCAAACUGAACCAGGAGAUACGGAUGAUGAAAAACCAGCGAGUACAGUUAAUGCGUCAGAUGAAAGAGGAUGCUGAGAAGUUUAGACAGUGGAAACAACAAAAAGACAAAGAAGUAAUCCAGUUAAAAGAACGAGACCGUAAGAGGCAAUAUGAACUGCUCAAACUUGAAAGAAAUUUCCAGAAACAGUCCAAUGUGCUCAGACGUAAAACUGAGGAGGCAGCAGCUGCCAACAAGCGUCUUAAGGAUGCUCUCCAAAAGCAGCGAGAGGUCGCAGAUAAGCGGAAAGAGACUCAGAGCCGUGGAAUGGAAGGUGUUGCAGCUCGAGUGAAGAAUUGGCUUGGAAAUGAAAUUGAGGUUAUGGUCAGUACUGAGGAAGCCAAACGCCAUCUAAAUGACCUUCUUGAAGAUAGAAAGAUCCUAGCUCAGGAUGUGGCUCAACUCAAAGAAAAAAAGGAAUCUGGGGAGAAUCCUCCUCUUAAACUCCGGAGGCGCACAUUUUCACUUGCUGAAACACGUGGUCAAGUUUCAGAGUCAGAGGAUUCUAUUACAAAGCAGAUUGAAAGUCUGGAGACUGAAAUGGAACUCAGGAGUGCUCAGAUUGCUGACCUACAGCAGAAGCUACUGGAUGCAGAAAGUGAAGACAGGCCAAAACAACGUUGGGAGAAUAUUGCUACAAUUCUGGAAGCCAAGUGUGCCCUGAAAUAUUUAACUGGAGAGCUGGUCUCCUCCAAAAUACAGGUCAGCAAGCUUGAAAGCAGCCUGAAACAGAGCAAGGCCAGCUGUGUGGACAUGCAGAAGAUGCUGUAUGAGGAACGAAAUCGUUUUGCCGAGAUAGAGACAGAGUUACAAGCUGAGCUGGUCAGAAUGGAGCAACAGCACCAAGAGAAGGUGCUGUACCUUCUUAGCAAGCUGCAGCAAAGCCAAGUGGCAGAGAAGCAGCUGGAGGAGUCAAUCAGUGAAAAGGAGCAGCAGCUGCUGAGCACACUGAAGUGUCAGGAUGAAGAACUCAAGAAGAUGCAAGAAGUAUGUGAGCAAAAUCAGCAGCUUCUCCAAGAGAAUGAACUCAUGAAGCAGAAACUGACCCUCCUCCAAGUAGCCAGCAGAACAAAACCUCAUCUUCCUAAGGAUAACCUUCUAUCUCCGGACUCUUCCUUUGAAUAUAUCCCACCCAAGCCAAAACCUUCCCGUGUUAAAGAAAAGUUCGUAGAGCAAAUCAUGGACAUCAAGGAUCUAAAUAUUAUCCAUGAACAUGAGGAUGGUGAUGGUGAUGGUGAUGGUGAUGGUGAAGAUGAAAACGAUGAAGAAUGGAAGCCAGCAAAAUUAGUUAAGGUGUCCAAGAAGAACACCCAAGGGUGUUCCUGCAAGGGCUGGUGUGGAAACAAGCAAUGUGGGUGCAGGAAGCAAAAGUCAGACUGUGGCGUAGCCUGUAGCUGUGACCCCACAAAGUGUCGGAACCGCCAGCAAGGCCAGGAUAGCUUGGGCACUGUUGAACGGACCCAGGAUUCCGAAGGCUCCUUCAAACUGGAGGAUCCCACAGAGGUGACCCCAGGAUUGAGCUUCUUCAACCCCGUCUGUGCCACUCCCAACAGCAAGAUUUUGAAAGAGAUGUAUGAUGUGGAGCAGGUGCUAUUAAAGAAGGUUACUCCAGCUGUGCCCUCCUUGAACCUCCCAGAACUGAAACAUACAGCAACAGAAGCCCGAGAAAAUAAGGCUCCAGGGAAGAAAAAGAAGCGAGCUCUGGCCAGCAAUACCAGCUUCUUCUCUGGUUUCUCCCCUAUUGAAGAAGAUGCCCACUGAAGCUGAAGUCACCAUUUCUACCCCGUCUGCCUUAAAAGACAUUUUCAGGUUGCAGCCAACAGGGGUUUUCUGAUGACUUCUCUGGAUUUCAGAUUUCUUGCUGUUAAGAAAAGAGACAGAGUGAUACUAAAGGGAAGGGGAAGUUUGUUGAAUGUUGGCCCUUAGUCUCCAGCCCCUUCCCAGACUACUACUCUUUCUUCUCCAGAAGGUGCUGAGCCACCUACUGAAGAGAAAACCAACUGACCUUCCAAUGACUCAUCAGGAACCAGUCCUCAGCACAAUCUAGCUUUUUUUUUUUUUUCAUUUGUGAGCAGUUAUGUCUGUCUCCUGAUGGAGAUGAGGCCAAGGCUUUUCCCUAUAAAUUGUCUCAGCUUAAUGGAGGAGCCUGGCCCAGGAUGGAGGCUUGGCUCAAACUCUUUACCCCACCUCAAGAAUGGGCAGGGAUCUUUAUUGCCCUGAGUAUGGAUUUUAAGUAUUUUAACAGGACCCUCAAUUGUCUUCCAUGUUACUUAAGUAAAUAAAAUAUUUUUAAAUGUUAAAUAAAUAAAUAAAAUUUAGCCCAUCUAC